UUAUUAAGGACUUAUAAAAGUACAAAAUACAUAACCUUUAUUUUUGGUAAUCACUAUUUGUGUUAAUGCAAAAGCUGUAGAGCUGCAUCUGGUUAAAAAAAAUUAGAAACAUGGUGAAACUAAUCAGAUCCAACAACGUUUAUAUAACCCUUUUACACCGUUGUAAAUAUAGUACAGUUCCAAAAUCAAUAUCUACUAUACACAUAAACGGUAAAGAUUUCAAAUCCGACGAUUAUAGUAAUAUUACGCCGAAAAUAUUAACUUAUCUUGGGCGUAACCUCCAUCUCCAGAAGGGAAACCCUUUGUCGAUGGUACGACAAAGAAUUGUUAAUUAUUUCUAUAAAUCAUUUACACACAGAGGCAAUCCUAUUUUUAGUAUUUAUGACAAUCUAUCUCCAAUUGUGACUGUGAAACAAAAUUUUGAUGAUUUACUGAUUCCAUUACACCAUCCCAGCAGAGCAAAACAAGAUUGUUAUUAUAUAAACAAAGAUUUAUUGUUCAGAGCACACAUGACUGCCCAUCAAAGUGAAUUAUUGCGUGCCGGCUUAAAUAACUUUUUAAUGAUCGGAGAUGUCUAUCGGAGGGAUGAAAUAGAUUCUACGCAUUUCCCUGUUUUUCAUCAAGUAGAUGCAGUGAGAUCACAACGCAAAGAAGAAUUAUUUAAUAGUAAUCCUGAUUUAGAAAUUUUUGAACCCUCAUUUGAUACAAAAAAACCAAAAGUAUUGAAUGACAUCACUGAUUCAAGUAAACAAAGUUGUCAUACAUUAGAAGCCACCAAAUUAAUGGAAACCCAAUUAAAAUCACAUUUGAUAGGAUUAAUACAAGCACUAUUCGGUAAAGAUAUUAAAUAUAGAUGGGUUGAUGCAUAUUUUCCUUUCACUCAUCCAUCUUGGGAACUUGAAAUUUUUUAUGAAAACAAAUGGAUGGAAGUACUAGGUUGUGGCAUUGUCAGGAAUGAAAUCCUUGCCGCUGCCGGACCUAAUAAUAGCAUAGCAUAUGCUUUCGGUCUGGGCCUGGAAAGACUUGCGAUGGCAUUGUACAAUAUACCAGAUAUAAGAUUGAUGUGGAGUAAAGACUCUGGUUUCUUGAAUCAAUUCGCUAAUAAGGAUGUUGAUGCAAAAAUAACUUAUAAACCAAUAUCGUUAUAUCCCCAGUGUGUUAAUGAUAUAUCAUUUUGGCUUCCAAAUGAUCUCACUAUAGAUACAUUUAUGAGUAAUGAUUUCUAUGAUUUAGUAAGAGAUAUUGGUGGAGAUAUUAUAGAACAAGUGAAGUUGAAGGACAAAUUUGUACAUCCAAAAACUAAAAAACACAGUGUAUGUUACAGCAUUGUAUAUAGACAUCUAGAACGUACUCUUACACAAUUUGAAGUAAAUAAAAUACAUAAAGAAAUUGAGAAGGCCGUUACGGAUUCAUAUAAUGUUGUUAUUAGAUAAAUGUAUUUAUUAAAUAUAUUGUUAGUUGAAUGUU